AUGCGUUCCUCCGCUGUCGUCGUUGCCGCCGCCCUGGCCCAUUCUGCCUUGUCGGCCCCUGCUGUCAAGAAUUUCAUCUACAUCGUCCCCGAUGGAUACGGCCCCGCGUCCCAGACCAUGGCGCGAGACUACGUCUCCCUGAUCGAGAACGGUGGGAACCCGAGGGCCCCCGUGAGCAUCCAGCUCGCGGCCGACAAGAUGGUCCUUGGCAACGUCCGUACUCUCGCAAGCAACAAUCUCAUCACGGACUCGGCCGCUUCUGCCACUGCUUUCGGAUGUGGUGUCAAGACAUACAACAACGCUAUCGGUGUUGACCCGGCCGGCCAGCCCGUCGGCUCCAUUCUCGAGGCUGCCAAGCUUGCAGGCAUGAAGACGGGGCUGGUCGUGACUAGCACCAUCAACCACGCCACCCCUGCCUGCUAUGCGGCUCAUGUUGCCGACCGUAACUCGUACGCAAAGAUUGCAGAGCACGAGAUCGGCUACGGCCACCCUCUCGGCCCCGUCGCCGACAUCCUCCUUGGCGGCGGCCGGUGCUACUUCAAGCCGCAGUCCGACUCUACGUCCUGCCGCAGAGACGGCAUCGACUUGUUCGGCUUCGCCAAGGAGAACGGCUACCACGUCAUGCAGAACCGCUCGGCCUUUGACGCUCUUGACAAGGGCCUGGGUGACGUCCGUAUUCCCUAUAUUGGUCUCUUCAACGACGGCCAAAUGAUGUACGAGAUUGACCGCUCACGCCAGCCCGAGCAGGAGCCCUCGCUCCUGGAAAUGGUCGAGACUGCCCUCAACUCGCUCCACCGCGCCACGCACUGCAAGGAGGAGGGUUACUUCCUCAUGAUCGAGGCAUCACGCAUCGACCACGCCGGCCACGCCAACGACCCGGCCGCGCAUCUCUUCGACACGAUCCACUACAACGAGGUCAUGGGCUUCGUCCGGGAAUGGAUCGACGAGCACCCGGACACCAUGCUCAUGUCCGCGGCAGACCACGAGUGCGGCGGCUUGACGCUCAACGGCUUCAACCCGCUGCCGCUAUCCAAGGUCAACGCCUCUACCGAGGCCCUGAUGAAGACUUGGGGCGGGUACACGGGGCCCGAUAAGAAGGCCUUCCUAGUCGGUGAGAUCCUGCCCGAGUACGGGCUCGCCGAUGCCACGGACGCUGAGGUGAACACGCUCCUCGCGGCGCGUUCGCUGGACAUGGAGCUGGGUAACCUGCUCGCCAGCCGUGCCGGUGUCCACUGGUCUACUGGCGGCCACACGGCGUCCGACAUCACGCUGUAUGGGUAUGGCGCCGGGGAGAACGGGCGCGCGAUCAAGGCGGACAUGGCGGGCAACUGGGACAACACAGAGCUUCCCAAAUACAUUGAGAAGGCCCUCGGUGUCAACAUGGGCGAGGUCACGAGGCUUCUGCGCGCCAACGGCACCGCGUGGGUUGGGAAGCGGGACAUGAACAAGCGCGCCGACGAGCACGUCCAUGGCCACGAUCAUGCUCACUAG